ACGUCAGCAGCACGUCACGAAAAAGCAGGAAGUGUUAGUCAGUACGUGGCCUUAUCAUCUUGGACGCAGAGACAGGAGCUCCGCUUCAUCACAAAAAUGGAACUCGAGGCUAUGACCAGAUACACCAGCCCGGUGAACCCGGCUGUGUUCCCCCACCUCACUGUCGUCCUGCUGGCCAUCGGCAUGUUCUUCACGGCCUGGUUCUUCGUCUAUGAGGUGACGUCAACGAAAUACACUCGGGACGUCUACAAAGAGCUGCUGAUCUCCCUCGUGGCUUCACUUUUCAUGGGUUUCGGUGUGCUGUUCUUACUACUCUGGGUUGGCAUCUAUGUAUGAAGGUACAUUUAAAAUCUUAUUUUCGGGUGACUGAGUUAAAAGAAUGACACAUUCCAGUGGAACCAAGAACAUCGCAGACAACACAAACUGGAUUUAAUUGGACUGCACUGACGAUAUUCUGGGAUCAUAUGAACUCUGAUUUUGUUUUCACAAGUAAAGGGGAUUUAUAUAA